AAAAUAUGAAUUAGUGUGGAGUAACUUAGUGGAAAACGGAAAUAAUUGGGGGGAGGAUACUGUCGACAGAUUAGAUUAGAUAGGUGUGUUAUCUGUCAUCUGUGGUUUAAAAUGUAACUUAAAACUUUCGAGAUUCUAAAUGUUUUGUUUUACCUGGUAAUAAAAAAGCCAGGAAAAGUGAAAUCAAUGUAGCCGUAAAGUUUUUCAAUUGUUGAGCAUUGAAGACGUGUGCCUUAUGUAUUCCUAAAAGUUACAUUUUUUUCGCCAACACCAUUUAAUUUAUAUACAAUUUAUAUUUGUCAAAUAUUAACAGCUUUGAUGGAAUGGGGUCACGGAUAAAGAAUGAUGUAACUCAUUUAUUUGAGUGUUUUUGUGAAGUUGCUGGCCCUAGUAAAGAAAAUACUUCUCCGUGGAUUCUCCAAAAGUUUCCAGAACAUUAUAGACAGGAUGAAAUGCUUAGUACUCUACCUGAUUUUGCAUAUCCUUGUGAAUUUGAUAAAACCGUAAUUCAGCAUUAUUCAUUUGUGUUAACUAAUAUUGACUCAAAAUGGACAUUUGGAUUUUGUAGGCAUGAUCCUAAAUCUGAAACUGCUUUAGUUGUUCUCAGUUACCUUCCUUGGCAUGAGUCUUUUUAUAAGUUCUUAAAUUGUAUAUCAAAUCUUACAAAUAGUAAUAAGUCUAAAGAUUUAUGGCCAUUUUUGGAGUCUGUGUACAACAGUAAGCUACCAAUCAAAGGAUGUGAUUUAAAAAUUAACAAUGAUAAUGGAGAAGAAUUAUUUGUUUGUCAGUCCCCUAUUCAAUUCCAGUUACCAAGCAUUCCAGAGAAUAGAAAUCUGACUGAGUAUUACAAUGCAGUUGAUAGUCAAAAUAUGAUUAUUAUCUUUGCUUCCAUGUUAUUUGAACGUCGAAUUAUCUUUACUUCAAAAAAAUUAUACCGGUUGAGUGCCUGUGUUCAAUCUGCUAAUGCGAUUCUAUAUCCAAUGAACUGGCAACAUAUAUUUAUUCCGGUAUUACCUCAGUCACUUAUUGAUUACUUAUUAGCACCAAUGCCUUAUUUGAUUGGCUUACCUUACUCUUUAUUCCAAAACCUGCAACGUAAUGACUUAGGAGAAGUUGUAAUUUUGGAUGCAGACAAAAAUACUAUUGAAACACCAUUUAAUGAUUUGGAAAAUCUUCCUACCGAUGUUGUAUCCAUUUUAAAGCGGCUAUUACGUAAUAAAGGCACUGUGUUAGGAGAUGGUGUUUCAAGAGCUUUUUUGCGAGCUCUUGUCCUGUUGAUUGGUGGCUAUAGAGAUGCAUUAAAGUUUCAUCAAGGAGAACGUAUAACAUUUAAUAAAGAUGCAUUUAUAGAGUCUAGAUCAUCAAACAUGCAACCAUUUUUAAAAAAAAUGUUGGAAUUACAGAUUUUUCAACAGUUUAUAGAGGAACGAUUAGAAAUGUUAAAUGCAGGGCUUGGUUUUUCUGAUGAAUUUGAAAUGGAAGUAUGUAACUAUCAUGAAAAGUCUAGUAAUAGGUUAAAGCAACAAUACAAAGAAUGGACAUUCACUGUGAAACGUGAAGGAACUGCAUUCUUUAAAACUGUUAAAAAUGUGACUAAUCCUGCAGUACGAAAUGCUGUAAAAACUGUUAAAGAACGGGGUAGAGAUGUACGGUCAGCUUAUAAAGACUUUCGAUCAAAACUCCAUGUUCAGAAUAAAAAUCCUCGAACUAAAAUUAGUACUCAACCUAAUUCUGCCCCAAGCUCUCCUUCUGUGCAGAGGAGAUCAUCGAGGCCAUAUACAACUGCUUUCACUACUGCAUCUGCUAGCUAUCGUAAAGAAACUUCAAAUGGUAUACAAAAGUUAACUAAUGCACAAAAUUUACUGAAAGAAGUUUCAUGUUCUCCACCACCUCAGCUCAACAUGGAUUUAAUGGAGGAUUUAAAAGAUGUUUUAUUUAGAAAUUUUCCUAGAAAUAAUACGCCUAAUUCUCUAUUGAACUUUGAUACAGCUAGUACUGACCAUGACUGGCAAGAUUCUGUCAGUUCUAACUUCAUGACAGAUGAUGACAUUUUUAAUACAUCAUUUGGGUCAGCACCGGCUGAAUGUCCAAUGGAAACUAAAGAUCUGAUCCGAUUAGAUUCAACGUCAAGUAUUGAUGAUUUUGAUCCUUUGAAAAGUCCAGUUAACAAUAAUGGCUUGAUACCAGGAGUAGGUCUUACUAAUCCAUUGUAUCAUUAUUUUGUUCCAUUAAACAAAACUCAAUCAGAAACUAAAAAUAAUAAUGAUUUGCUUAACGAAUAUGGCUUGAAUUUUGAUUCAUUGAGUCUUACGGAACAACCAGGUCCAUCCAUGUCCCCAAAUCAACCUUCUGGACCACCAUUACCUCCAAAACCAGCCAACUUCAAAUCAAAUUGGACGAAAUUUGAAUGAUACUCUCUUCAGAUUUAGGGUUCAAAUAUGUAUAUAUAUAUGUAUAUAUAAAUUAAAAAUAGGAGUCCUUAUGCCUGGACUCUAUUUGAUGUUUGUGCAAUCAAAUAUAGUGGUCGCCGCUUAUUAGACUCAAAACGACUGUUCCCGAUUUGCAUCUAUACUAACACACAGCGAAAAAUUCGUCUAUUAGACUCACACAUCGGUUAAUGGGGUCAUUUUAAAUUAGAUAAAUAAAUAUAAUAUUGUACAUACGUCCAAUGUACAAGUAAUCAUGCUAUAAAUGCAUAUAGGUGAUUAUGAAGUUGACCGAAGAAGGUUAGGUUAGUUAAAUCUAAUCAACUUUGGAUGGAUUCUAUUGAAAAUGUAACUAUGUAUGUAAUUCGUUAUUUUAUUACCGUAUUUUAUUACAUUAUUUUUAAUCAAACAAAAUAUUUUCUAUU